AUGUAUUUGUUUGGCAAUAGUCUCAAGCUAUUUGGUCCGGAGAACCGCGUACGCCGCCUUUGUCACCAGAUGUUGAGCCAGAAAAUUACAAACACAUUCUUUCUCGUGUUGUUGCUUCUCCAAACCCAUUUGUUGGGCUACAGACAAUGGAACCCGGCUGUGCAUGGGUAUGUGGCAGCGGGAAAUAACUGGGCCGACUACGUGCUUAUAGUGAUCAAUGUUAUCUAUACUCUUGAAAUGGCUGCAAAAGUGAUUGCGUAUGGUUUUUUUGACGACAAAGUCAUGUUCAAGGAGUUGAACUUACCGUACCCACGGAACGAGAUCAGAGCCAUGCUCUUUCAGGGUAAAUGGGCCAAAGUCAUAACCGGGUACCUUUCGUUAGUACUCCAAAAGGCCCACCCCAGAAAGACCAGGUCAUUCUACGACCGGCCCAAACCCACCUACGAAUCCUAUUCCGACUCUGCUAACGAAAUCGAGUUGGAAGACCAGAGCCCUAACUACCUUCAUAACAAAUAUGUCAUGCCACUGCACCACGACGAGACCACCUUCGCAGAUCAAACUGAUAUGUCUAGUCGACCAAUUCUUGGGGAUCAACGCCCUGAGUCGGAAGAAAUACUAUUGAAGCCGUUGAGUAAGAAUGAUAUCGAUAUCUUGCAAAUCAGAAGAGCUUAUAUCAGAAACAGUUGGCACAGAGUGGACUUCAUCUCCAUCCUCACGUUCUGGAUAUCAUUGUUCUUGUCCAUAGACAAAUACGAUGUCAAGAACCACAUCAUGAUCUUCAGAGCCCUAAGCUGCUUGCGGAUCCUCAGACUCUGCAACUUGACCACCGGUACGAGCAUGAUUUUGCGGUCAUUAAAGUUGGCCGUACCGCAGUUGAUCGAUGUGAGUAUCUUGAUCACAUGUUUUGGUAUAUUUUUUGGUAUAAUCGGUGUGCAAUCGUUCAAAUCUUCCUUAAGACGUUACUGUGUAUGGUAUAAUCCCGAUGACCUAAACGAUACUUGGGUCAAUACAAGCCAACACUGUGGGUGUUAUCAAUCCGCGUCGGGUACUGCUUUACCAUACAUUAUGGCAGAUGGCAAGUCUUCUAGCACCAUCAAAGGAUUUAUGUGUCCAGUAAACUCUCGUUGCGAAACCCUUGAAAACCCCAACGAAAACACCGUAAGCUUUGAUAACAUUUUCAAUUCUUUGGAGUUGGUGUUUGUGGUGAUGAGUGCAAACACCUUCACAGACUUGAUGUACCAGGCUAUGGAUAGUGAAGGAUUGGUAGCAUGCCUUUUCUUUGUAUUUUGUUUGUUCAUCAUGACUGUGUGGUUGUUGAACGUAUUUAUUGCAAUCAUCGUUUCGUCCUUCAAUCUCGCUAGAGUUGGAAAUACUGAUAAUGAAAAGGAAUGGGUAAUUAGUCACCAGGAAAUCAUUGAAGAUUUAAAGAAACGAAACAUCUGGUUGGCUACUUACUAUCAGUUUCAAUUUAUGUUUUCCAUCUGUGUUGCUAUCGACAUAAUCACUCAGUGCCUCCGUGCGUAUAACGAGACAAGGUGGACAGAUCACCUCCUUUACCGAAUGGAAGCAUCAAUGACAGCAUUAUUUGGUGUUGAGAUUCUUGUCAGGUUCUUUUUAUAUCUUCCUCAAUGGAGACUUUUCUUCAAAUUGAAACGAAACUGCAUUGAUUUGAUCUUAGCUGUCAUUACCUGCAUCAUAAUUCUUCCACCUGUUAAAGAUGGCCUUGGCCAUUCCUAUUAUUGGCUCACGGUAUUUCAGAUUAUGAGGUUCUACCGAAUCGUCUUGUUGACAAGAUUCACUAGAGAUUUGUGGCUCAAGAUCCUUGGAAGUUGGAAACAGUUGAUGGAUUUGACUGUAUUCCUUUUCUUGAUAACCUUUCUUACUGGAAUCAUAUAUUCUCGAUUCUUUGAAGGUUCUUUAACCGAAGAACAAAUUGCAGAAGGUUCUGUUCAUUUCAAUUUGCAGACCUUGCCCAACGCUUUUGUCAGUUUAUACGUUAUCACAUCCACAGAAAACUGGACAUCAAUCCUAUACCCAGUUCAAGGGUAUCAGUCGUCACUAUCAGCAAAGAUAUUUGCAGCAAUAUUCUUGAUUGGAUGGUUCUUCAUCUCCAACUUUGUGAUUUUGAAUAUUUUUAUUAGUGUGAUUGCCAAUACGUUAGUUGUUCCUGAGGAUGAAAAGAAGCGCAAGCAACUUUCCCAGUUCAUCGAGAACAUCACAGCCAGUAUCCAAAACGUUGACAAUGAAAGUAGCUCUUUGGCACGUUUCAAAAACAAGUUUUUCAAGCGGAAGGACACCCAAGAACAACUCCAUAUGGCAGUGGUGAAGUUGCUUUUGAGUGGGACUGUUGUCCAUGAGUUUCUUGAUGCACAAAAAUUGGACGAACCACAGGAUGAUCCAGUUAGAGAGUUACCCAGUAACCGGCUCAAGAGGUUCAUUAAGGUCCACCUCAAUAUAAAAAAGUAUUUUUCUGAUGAUCCGUUCAAAAUCAAAAAGCCUAAAAAGGGCAAGACUACGGGACUCGCUGGGUUUGACCCUACAAAUUAUGCAAAGACCAUCUUGAAUGACAGAAACAAGUUAAUUGACAGGCAAAACCAGUUCUUGAGAGAAAAUCCCUCGUACAACAAGGUGUUCUAUGUCAUGGGUCCUCGCCAUAAGAUUAGAAAGUUUUGCCAGCGAAUUGUCACAUCGAGUCACGGUGAACGUAUUGAUGGAGUCGAACCAAAUAAGAGAGUUUCCGAUAUUUUUGCUAUUUUUAUGUUACUUUCUACCUUGGCCCUUCUUAUUACUGCUUGCUACUUAACUCCUUUGAUUAGAGCACAAGUGAAUGCAGAGAAUGGGGUAUAUAGUUGGACAUACUGGUUGGACAUCUCUUUUAUCGCCAUCUUCACUAUCGAGUUUAUUAUCAGAGUGUUGGCUGACGGGUUCAGCAACACUCCAAACGCUUACAUCAGGUCACCAUGGAACAGGAUUGAUGGAACCGUGUUGAUGGCAUUGUGGGUUGAGAUGAUAGCAUAUAUGAAGUCCAAGGGAGAUUUAUCGAGAUUCAUUAGAGGGCUCAAAGCUUUGAGAGCAUUAAGGCUUUUAACCAUUAGUGAAACUGCUAAGAACAAUUUCCACAAUACCAUGUUCUCGGGGUUCAGCAAGAUUGUCAAUGCUGCUUUAAUUUCAGUAACUUUGUUGUACCCGUUCUCUAUCUGGGCGUUGAAUAUUUUUAACGGAAGAUUGGGCUAUUGUGUGGAUGGAGUUUCGACUCUCGAAGACUGCUACAAUGAGUACACGAAUCUGGUAUUCAAUUGGGAGAUCUUGAGCCCCAAUGUUUAUGCCCAACCUUUGUUACAAUUUGACGAUUUCUCCCAUUCGUUUUCGGCUCUUUUCGAAAUUACAUCAUUGGAAGGGUGGGUGGACUUAUUAUAUAAUGUGAUGGCCAGUACCGGUGUUGGAACCGUCCCCAGCCCAUUUGCAACUCCAUUCAAUGGGUUCUUUGUGAUUUUGUUCAAUUUCAUUGGUAUCGUAUUUGUGUUGACCUUGUUCAUUUCUGUGAUUAUUCAUAACUAUUCGUUGACCACAGGAAGAGCUUACAUGACGGUCGACCAAAGAAGCUGGUACCAAGUGAAACAGUUUUUAUUGCAAAUUCGACCAUCGAAGAGGAUCCCCCAUGAACGGCUAGGUUGGUUCAGGAAGUUUUGUUACACCAUGACGGUAGAGAAGAAUAAAUCUUGGAAUUCGGUAUUAAAUGUCGCCUUGUUCUUUCACAUUGUUGCGUUAUUGGUUGAAAUGUACCCUUUACAUUCGGGUUUAAGUAUAUUCCGGUUAAUUGUUUUCCUUAUCGUAUCAGGCUUGUUUACAUGUCAUGCUUUCAUGUUGCUUUUUGCAAGAGGACUUAAGUACUUCAUCACAAACAAAUGGUUGGUGUUCAACUUUCUUAUUUCGUUUGGCGCCUUCACGACAACCAUUGUGGGAACCCAGAUCUCCGCUCAGAGUGCCUUUAUGAACAUUAACAAAUUAUUCUUGGUGGGUACCAUGUUCUUCAUGAUUCCUCGAAGUGACAGACUUAGUCAGUUUUUAAAGUUUGCAUCAGCAGGUUUGCCAGAUAUGUUUUCCUUGAUGUUUACUUGGUUGGUGUUAUUCCUAUUAUUUUCCAUAGCCUUGAACCAAGUAUUUGGAACAACAAAGAUUGGGCCUAAUGGCUCAGAUAACAUUAAUGUCAGGACUGUUCCAAAAGCCUUAAUAUUGUUAUUCAAAUGCUCAUUUGGUGAAGGAUGGAACUAUAUCAUGGAUGACUUCAAAGUUGAGCCUCCUUUUUGCUAUCUGGACUCUACGAGCACUAACACAGACUGUGGGAAUGUGCAAUAUGCGUACUUUCUUUUCAUUUGUUGGAACCUCAUCUCCAUGUAUAUUUUCUUGAAUAUGUUCGUUUCUUUGAUCUUGGACAGUUUCAGUUAUAUCAUGAACAAAGGUGAUUAUGGCAAAUUGAUUGAAAGAAAUGAAAUCAGAAAGUUCAAGUUGGCGUGGCAAAAAUUUGAUCCUGAAGGCACUGGGUUCAUCCCGCCCAGAGACUUACACAAGUUUUUGAAGACUUUGGACGGUGCAUUCCUGUUCCAGUUUUAUGCGGGAACAUUAGAUAUUCCUGUUUUAUGCCACCGAUGGUUUAAAAGAAACAAUCUCAAUGACCCCUACGAUAUCACCGUGAACUAUCCAGCCAUUAGCGAUACGUUUGCAUCUUGGGACACGGAUAAAAUCAGAGAGAGAAGAAAAUCAUACGAGACCUUUAUUGAGGAGGCCAUUGUCAACAUGGAAUUAAACCAUGAACCGGGAAUUUCUUUCAAAAGAGUUAUUUUACAGCUACCAUUAUACAAAGUAUUUGAUAUCGGUACAUGCUUGAAUUUGAUAGACUUUCUCGAUAGAAGGUUGCUUCUUCAAAAGGUACAGAAGAGACAGAACCAGAACAAGGUAUACGAGACUAUCACCGCAUUUAUUCUAAGAUGGAAGUAUGUGAACCUAAAGAAACAUGGAAUUAGUACAAGCCUCAGUACCAGCCAUGUUGAAGAUGUCGUAAGGAGAAGAAGUUAUCUAUCCGAGGAUUGGUCUCCUAUUCCAAGUCAAUACGCUGAUGAUAAGUUUGAAAAGGACUUUGGGGCCUUGGAAGACAAAAGCAAAUACGAUAGACUUCCAAUGUCUGACAGUGGUGAAGAGAAUGAUGAUAAUGAUGAGUACCACAGAAGCGGUGUCUACAUUCCAAAGUCGCCGUUGAAUACAAACAAACAGUUCAAGAGUCCUAAGCCUCAACCCCCCAAAUUGAAGAUUCUGGUGAUGGAUCUGGAUAAGCUCAAGCCGGUGGUUCCAACAUUCAACUUUAAACUUGUUGAGCCAGACAGCGCAGAAUCAAUUAAUGCAAAUGAUUUAUCCGGCGAAUCGAGUCAUAGUCAUGAAGUGAUAGACUUGGCUGAUGUGGGGGAAAAUCUUCGUGAUUCAGGGUGGAUGGACAUGCUUAAAGACUUGCACGAUCCCAAGACGUAG